AAAACAUCAACAGUUUAACUGCAACAAUCCAAGUGCAAAAUUGCAAAAGAGCAAAAGAGUAAAAUAAAAACAGCAACAAGCCCAGACAGAGACAUAGAAAAAUAUUUCAAAAUUCAUUCGCAAAUUAUGCUGGCCAUGUCAACACUUAUGAUGCCAGCGCCCACUAUAGCUAUGGGGGCCCCACAGAUAACAGUGGGCCCCCAUAAGCCUCCCGAAACUAAAUUGCUUGCCAUUCACCCGGCAGCUGCACAGCAGCAACAACAGCAGCAGCCGCCGCCGCAUUUGCAGUUAAACGGGCAACAUCCACAGACGCAGCAACAGCAACAACUGCCGCCAAAUCAGCAACAGUCCCAACACUCACAACAGCAGCAACAGCAAAUCUUAUCCAGCACUAAGCCAGUUGCCUUCAACGGCGAUGGUGACGACGCCGUUGUCAACAGCCGCUCCAGUACCGGCACCACAAAGAGCCAUACUGAUGAUAAUGCUGAUUCUGAUGCAGAUGCCAGUGCGGGUACUGGUACUAUUACUGGUACUGUUACUGGUACUGUUACUGGUGAUGGUGCCAGUGAUGGUGCUAGUGAUGGUGAUGGUGAUUGUGAUGGUACUGGGAGUAUUUGUUAUGGCGACUAUGGACGCUAUUUUAAGCGGUGA